AUGUGGCACACACGCCUUGUUCCGUCGUCUGUGCCACCGUAUCUGCUGCCCAUUGAAGUCUGCGGGCACCUCAUUUCCAUGGAGCUGGAGACAGGGGCCAGCGUGUCGGUCAUGGCCGGGAAACUGUUCAAGCGUAUUUUCCCCGACGUGUCCGUCGAGGCUUCGGGCGUGAUGCUGCGCAGAUACUCCGGACAGCUCUCCCAGGUCCAGGGGCAGGCCCAGCCUCGCCCACUGCCAUUCGCCCUGAAGGACGGGGUCACCCAGGAGCUGCAACGGUUACAGCGAGAGGGCAUCCUGGUGCCCGUCAAGACCUCCGAGUGGGCCGCUCCCAUAGUUCCAGUCCUCAAGCGAGAUGGGAGUGCCAGGAUCUGUGGGGAUUUCAAGGUCACCAUCAACCCCGUCGCUACCGUCGAGAAGUACCCGCAGCCCCGGAAUGAAGAUCUCUGGUCAGCGUUGUCCGGGGGACAGAAGUUCACAAAGCUCGACCUCCGAGACGCUUACCAGCAGCUGGUGCUCCAGGACGCCUCCCGGAAGUAUGUCACGAUAUCGACAACUUUGGGGCUCUUCCAGUACACGCGCUUACCGUUUGGCGUGGCCUCAGCCCCGGCCAUCUUUCAGAGGGAGAUGGACAACCUCUUCAGGGGCAUGAGGCACGUGGCAGUGUACUUGAACGACAUCCUGGUUACUGGCACCGACGACGGGGACCACCUGCAGAACCUGCACAACGUCCUGGCACGAUUGCAGGACGCAGGUCUCAAGGUCAACCUGGGAAGAGAAUUUCAGGCAAUCACGGACCACACGCCGCUGCUGGGUCUGCUGGGGCCGGACAAGGCGGUUCCCGUGCAGGCCUCGCCUCGAGUGGUACGCUGGGCCUUGAGGCUUGCGGCCUACAACUACCGGCUGGUCUACCGUCCGGGAAAGGACCUGAGACCUGCUGAUGCCCUUAGCCGCCUGCCCCUGCCGGAGGUGCCAGCUGCUGCUCCAGAGCCUGCUGAACUGUUCAUGCUGGAGCAUGCGUACCCGGAGGUACUCUCCAGAUCUGCGGUGUCACAGGCGACCAUUUGGGAUCCAGUCCUGUCCCAGGUGGUCAAGGCGGUGUCCCGAGGGGAGGAGUUGGUGCAGCAGGCUUACAGCGACAAGGCUGCCGAGCUGAGCCUGCAGCAGGGCUGCCUACUCUGGGGUUCCAGGGUGGUCAUCCCACAAAGUCUCCGGUCCAGGGUCCUGCAGUUGCUGCACGCGGGUCAUCCUGGUGUAGAAAAGACGAACAUGGUGGCCCGGUCUCACGUUUGGUGGCCUGGCCUGGACCAGGACAUUGCUCACAUGGUGCAGAGCUGCCAGGUCUGCCAGGAGCACCAGCGGGCCUCACGUCAUGUGGAGAUCACCUCCUGGCCAUUCCCACAGAGACCCUGGUCCCACUUACAUGUGGAUUUUGGGGGUCCCUUCAAGGGCCACUACUUCCUGGUAGUGGUGGACGCCUUUUCGAAGUGGGUGGAGGUCCUACCUGUCACCACUCCUUCAGCAGGCGCGACCAUUGCGGCGCUGCGACAGGUCUUCGCCGCCCAGGGGUUGCCGGACGUCAUCGUGUCCGACAAUGGCCCCGCUUUCGCCAGCACAGAGUACCUGGCCUGGCUGACAAAGAACGGAAUUCGCCGGAUGAUGGUUCCGCCGUACCACCCUGCUUCAAACGGUGCAGCCGCGCGGGUGCUCCAGACAAUCAAGGACAAACUGAAAAAGUGUAAGGCUGGAGAUUUCAGGACGCAGGUUGCCCGGGCCCUGUUUCAGUACCGGACCACGCCCCACGACGUCACUGGCCGUGCCCCCUGCGAGCUCCUGCUGGGUCGGAUGGUAAAGACACCCUUGGACGUCCUGCAUCCGGACCUCCGGUCCACAGCGCUCCUGAAACAGUUGAAGCAGAAGCUGGCUGCUGACAGCGGGUGCCGUCCCGAGCCUUUGCCGGAGCCCGGAGCUCCGGUCUUCACCAGGAAUUUCCGUCCUGGUCCACCCUGGGCCGCCGGAGAGGUGCUAUCUCCUGCCAGCGCCUCAUCAAUGCUCGUCCGCAUGCCGGGCGGGAACACGUGGCACCGGCACGCCGACCAUGUUCGGCCUCUCCUCGUGACCCAGCCUGCAACCUUGGGCGCCACUUCAGAAGGCCAGCCCGCAGGGGGGCCAACGGCAACAUCGGUCGCUGCCAGCGAAGCACCAGAGGCGGCAAGCGUCGCCAGUUGUGCGGCACCAGUUGAGCCACUACCAAGUUCGGCGCCAUCUUCAAGGCCGGUCACUGCUGACCCUCCGGACGGAGCUCAACUGGCUCAGGGAGCACCCGGUGUUGCCACACCCGGAUCGUCAACACCUGAGCCCAGGCGGAGUACUCGACAGCGGAGGCCGCAGGACCGUUACUCGCCUGGUUAA